AUGGCGCCCAAGAAACAAACAUACUAUACCUACUCCUCCGGUAUCCCGUCCAAGAAUUUGCAUCUGGGAAACCUGACGCAUAACUUCCGGGAUCCGGGUUCGUUGGAGCCUUUUGUUUUUGAUGGGUUUGUUGAUCCCUCAGACGAUCCCCCAGAAUGGGCACAAGUAGCAAGUCUAGAGAAUUACGCCAUGACGCUAGGAAAGGGAGAAGGAAAAGAAGAACGAUAUAAAGUCGUCGCUGCGGCGAAGACUACGAGGAUGGAGAUCAUUGACAGUGAAGAAUUCUUCACCUCUACCCUCCUUCCUAACCCUCAAGCCAAGUCCUGGCUCAAAUCCCGCAUCUCAGCCUCUCAAUCGCUGCCCGACAAACCGGUCGAGGUAUGGAUGCUCACAGGACUCAUCCUCAUGACACACGCGACGUGGACACUUCUCUCGGCCCCGAACCCAGAAGACGCGAAGAGAUUCACGCCUGGGCUGGCCUCGCCGUUUGAUCCCGCGGCGGUGGAGAGUCUGCGUAGGUUGAGCGUGAGUGAGGGUGUGAAGCCGACGUUUGGAUUUCGGGCGGAGAAGGAGGAGGGACAGAAGAUUGCUGGUGUGAAGGUUGUUGAGACGGGGAAGUUUCCGGGGGUGAGGGCUUGGGCUGGACGGUGGGAGCGGGUUGCUUGGGAUGAAGGGGUGAGGUUGCAAAAGGGGGUUUAUGCUGAGAAUGGUGAGGGAGAGGAGGAUUUUGAUGAUGAUGAGAAGUUUUGGGAUGGGUUCUUAGAGAAGGCUGACGAGUUAACGAAGUGA